GCUAGGCUCUCAUAUAAAAAGUCGAACGGAUGAAGCAGAUCCGCUAGAAAAUAUUUUCAUUCUGUAAAUCAUGUCUUCUUCGAGAAUUCCUCAAUGUGAGAACUCUUCACGAUUGUCGCUUAGUUCAAUUUUUCGUUACUUUGGAACCACAUCAACAAUCGCCACAAUGAGUCCAAAGAAGGUUACAAUUAUUGGAUCUGGAAAUUGGGGAUCCGCCAUUGCCAGAAUUGUUGGAAGCACGACAAAAUCCUUCCCAGAUGAGUUUGAUCCAACCGUCCGUAUGUGGGUUUUCGAGGAGAUUGUUAAUGGAGAGAAGCUGUCAGAAGUUAUUAAUAAUCGUCACGAGAAUAUUAAGUAUCUCCCUGGAAAAGUUCUUCCUAAUAAUGUGGUAGCCGUCACUGACCUCGUUGAAUCAUGUGAAGGUUCAAAUGUUCUUGUCUUCGUUGUUCCACAUCAAUUCGUCAAAGGAAUCUGUGAAAAGCUUGUUGGAAAAAUUCCAGCUGAUACACAAGCUAUUUCUUUGAUUAAGGGAAUUUCCUUCGACAAAACAAAUCAGGGAGUUUCAACGGAAAAGCGUGGAGGACUGAAGCUCAUCUCGGAGGAAAUCAAAGAGAUUCUCAAAAUUGAAGUCAGCGUGUUGAUGGGAGCUAAUUUGGCUCCAGAAGUGGCAAAUGACAAUUUCUGUGAAGCUACCAUCGGAUGUAAGAGGAAAGCUGAAGAUGGACCACUUCUCAAGAAGCUCUUCCAUACUGAUAACUUCCGAAUCAAUGUUGUUGAAGAUGCACAUACUGUUGAAUUGUGUGGUGCUCUCAAAAACGUCGUUGCUUGUGCUGCUGGAUUUACUGAUGGUCUUGGUUAUGGAGAUAACACAAAGGCAGCAGUUAUUCGAUUGGGUCUCAUGGAAACUACCAAAUUCGUUGAACAUUACUAUCCAGGAUCAAAUCUUCAAACAUUCUUCGAAUCAUGUGGAAUUGCUGAUCUCAUCACAACUUGCUAUGGAGGUCGUAAUCGUAAGGUGUGCGAGGCGUUCGUCAAAACUGGUAAAUCGAUGGCUGAAGUUGAGAAAGAACUGUUGAAUGGGCAAAGUGCUCAAGGACCAUUGACAGCUGAGGAGGUUUAUUUGAUGAUGCACAAGACUGGAUUGGAUGCUAAAUUCCCAUUGUUCACAGCCGUUCACAAAAUCUGCGCCGGUGAGAUGAAGCCUGCCGAACUCGUCGAUUGUCUCAGAAACCAUCCAGAACACAUGUAAAUAUCAUUAUAGGUUUCGCAAAUUUCAAUUAGGAUUAUUUUCCUUCCUUCCUAAAUAUUCUUUGUUCGCGUUCUCUCUUCUCAUCUUUUUUCACAAAUUACGAGUUUAUUGAGUUAUUUUUUUAUUGCGUGGCACUGUGCAAUGCCUCGUUCUAGCUGCAUCACACGUCCACAAAAUUGUAUUUUUAUAAUUAUUUUUGUGUCAAAAUGAACUUUAUUGCAAUUU